GGACCUCUCCCUACAAUGGGCUCAUACAUUAUCGCUAUAGACUUUGGAACAGCAUUCACUAGCUAUGGGAUUGAUAUAGAAACCAAUCAAGAAAGGACAGAAAUCUAUUGGAAAUGUUGGGAUCAAGAAGUUGGACGAGAAACCCGAGACACUCCUACCUGUAUCCUGUUUGACGAACAACAACAGUUUGUCAGCUUUGGAUAUGAAGCCAUAGAAACCUCCUUAUGUCAGAGCAGAGACACUAGAUUGUUUUUCUUUGACUUUUCUGAGAUUUCUCUGGAUGACAAAAAAUUCACCAGAGACCUGACAAUUAAAGCAGCCGAUGGAAGGGAAAUGAAGGCUCUGGAUGUUUUUGCAGAGGCUCUGGGAUUCCUGCAAGAUGAUGCUCUGAAAUUCAUUAACAGUCAUGGAAAAGUUAGGUUAACAGCCUCUGACUUUACCUGGGUGUUGACUGUUCCUGACAACUGGGAUGAUUCAGCUGAACUGUUCAUUAGAGAAGCAGCAUCUCAGGCAGGUAUCGUCACAGACAUAGAUCGACUGGUCAUUGCAUUGCGUUCAGAAGCAGCUUUAUCCUGGUGUAUGAAGCUUCCAGGUGAUGGUUUCAUCACAGAGAGCAGAGAACAGGGCAGAAUGGAUCGAUCUCCAGGGACACAAUACGUUGUUGUGCUUUGCGAAGAGGAUAUCAGCCACAUCGCUGUAUAUGAAGUCGUGGAAGGAGGAGAACUGAAAGAGCUGCAAAGAGCUUCUUAUAAAGACCUGAGGAAAAAAACUGUGGAGAGAAACUUUAUGGAGUUCAUGAGGGAAAUAUUCUCUGAUGGAAUCUGGGAUGAAUAUGAAAGAAAGCAUCCCAGUGAGGUUAAGAAGAUUCUUUAUAAUUUAAAUGUUUUAAAUAAAAGAUUUAAAGAUAUAGAAAUCAGUUGUUCACUUAACCUGAUCAGGCUGGCUGAAAGGCGACAGAGCAUAGAGAAGUUCUUUGAAACAGUAGAAGGAGCAUCCUGGGAUGAAGGAGCGAUCAGUAUCUCUCAACAGAAACUGAGGUCUUUUUUUGCCCAAAGCAUGCAGGACAUCACUCACAAUCUUAGAGAAAUCUUAAACAAAGAUUUCAACAUUAGUGGCAUUAUGUUAGUGGGAAAAUACGCUCACAGUGAAAUUUUAAGGAACCACAUUACUGAAGAAUUUAUAGAUAUUUGUGAAGUUCUGUGUCCAUUUAUGCCCCAGUACGCAAUCCUAAACGGAGCUGCAGAGAUAGGGAAAUACGGGGGAAGGAUCUCUCGUCUGAGAAGUGCCUUCACUUAUGGAAUUGGUGUCUCUGAAAGGUUUGAUGAGUUAAAGCACAGAGAAGACAGGACAUUUACCAACAAAGAUGGUAAAUGGUGUGGAGGCCUUUUCAUCAAACUAGGCAGAGUUGGUGAACAAGUUAGCAGGAAUAAAACCAUAGAGUUCACCUUUUAUCCAGUAGAAGCAGAUCAGAUAAUCAUGAACUUUUAUUUCUAUCGCACAAAAAAGAAAUUUCCAAAGUAUGUGACUGAAGAUGGAGUGGAGGAAGUUGGUUGUUUAUUUCUUACUUCACCAAAAACUGGAUGUGGACGCAGUCGGGAGACAAAGCUCAGGAUUGAGUUUGGAAACAUGGAAAUGAAGGCAUCAGCUAAAGACCUACUUUCAAAAUCAGAAUCAUCCACUGUAUUUGACUUGAAUGAAAUGUUAUAA